UGCUGAGCCGGCGGAAGCGCUGCAAUGGCGGGGGGGCGGCCGGGGCUGUGCGCGGCGCUGGGUGCGGGGCUGCUGGGCAGGCUGGGCCUGGUGCUGUACGGGCUGUACCAGGACGCGGUGAUGCGGGUGCGGUACACCGACGUGGACUACCGGGUGUUCACGGACGCGGCGCGGCUGGUGAGCCAGGGGCGGUCGCCCUACGGGCGGGCCACCUUCCGCUACACGCCGCUGCUGGCCUGGCUGCUGACGCCCAACGUUCACCUCGGCGAGCUGUUCGGGAAGCUGCUCUUCGUGGCCGGGGACCUGGCGGCUGCCGGUGUAGCCUACCGGGCCUUGCGGCGCCGAGGGGCCUCCCCGGGGCGGGCCUGCGGGUGCUGCGCCGCCGCCUGGCUGCUCAACCCGCUGCCCAUGGCCGUGUCCACUCGCGGCAACGCGGAGGCGCUGGUGGCUGUGCUGGUGCUGGCCGCACUGCACCUGGUGGAAGCGGGGAGCGCGGGGCCGGCCGCGCUGUGCUACGGGCUGGCCGUGCACCUGAAGAUCUACCCGCUGACUUACGCGCUGCCCAUAGCGCUGCACCUGCAGGGCGGCGGGGAAGGGGCUGCGGGGAAAGAGAGUGACGGAACGGCCAAGUUGACGCUCGUAGGGGGCGUCUGGCGGCGGGUUGUGCGGGUGCUGAACCGCAACGUGCUGCUCUUCGGAGCGGUCGCUGGAUCCGUGUUGGCCGCCUUGACCUUCGGGUUUUACCACCUCUACGGCUGGGAGUUCUUGGAGCACGCCUACCUCUACCACCUGACCAGGAGGGAUAUCCGACACAAUUUCUCUCCCUAUUUCUACAUGUUGUAUUUAACUGCAGAAAGCAAAUGGAGUUUUGCCCUUGGGCUUGCAGCUUUCCUGCCACAGCUGCUUCUGCUCCUGGUUGUGUCUGUAGCGUUUUACAAAGACCUUGUUUUUUGUUGUUUCCUGCACACAGCUAUUUUUGUGAGUUUUAACAAAGUGUGCACGUCCCAGUAUUUUAUAUGGUACCUCUGCCUUUUGCCCAUCAUAAUUCCUAAUAUUAAGAUGUCAUGGCGUCGCGGCGUGCUGCUGCUCUUCCUGUGGUUUAUGGGACAAGGCCUCUGGCUUGUUCCUGCCUACUUUCUGGAGUUCAAGGGUUAUAACACCUUUUUAUUCAUAUGGUUGGCUGGCCUGCUUUUCCUUUUUAUCAAUAGCUUCAUACUUGUACAGAUUAUUUCACAUUAUCAGCAGGAAACACAAGUUGCCAGAAAACUCAAAGAGCAGUAAUAAAUAUACCAAAAUUCAGAAAUGGCAUUAUUGUCUUCAGCAAGGGUUUUCAUACCAGCAGCACUCUGGUGAACAUAAAUGUGUACGUAACAUAAUGGAUGCGGUAUGUAAGCAAUGCUUUGUUAGGGCUGUGAGGGCAUUCAUGGGUCUUAACUGCAGUGAGCAGCCACUGGCCUGCCCUGAUCACUGGCUGUAAGGGAACCUGCCUGCUGCAUGGACUGAAACUGCCUUGAUGUGGCUGUCUGCUGCUGCUCGUAACUGAAGUCACUAGAAGGACCUUAGACCUUGUUCAUCACUUACCACAUCUGCAGCUGGACUCCAUGACCUGUGUUCAUCUCUGCCUGCUGCUGACAGAUGUGGUGGGGCUGUGCCAUGGCCACCGAAGGAAUGGCCUGUGCUGGGGGCUUCUUUCUGGCUGGGGGCUUCUUUCUGGCUCUUGCCUUCCCACAGAGCAGCCCCAGUUACAUUCCCCAACACCCUUUUUCUCACUGUCCGUGUUAAGGACUGUGGCUUCUGUCUAGGAAAACAUGGAAGAUUAUCGUCAAUAAAAUAUCCUUUUAUACAAGGGGACGUUGUGAGCUUGAUGGUUUUAUACAUUCCAGUAUGUGGGUGGAAGAUUUUGCAGAGGUUAAGCUAAUAAACAAAUAAAUAAAAACACAA